CUACAAAGCUGGCAUACAUCUUAACAAUCUCAAAUGCUGAGACGACUUUCUCGAAUCUAAUGCCAAUUUUCAAUGGGCCUCAAAAGUAAAAAAUUACUUUCAGAAACUCUUUGAAUCCAAUUUGCGCGUGUCGCACAGCUUUCUCCUCGAUUUCCUCUCCUACUUUUCGAAAAUUAAGUCGAAGCUCACGAUGAAAACUACAAAACCACCUCCUACAGACCCCUCUUCGAGCCGGAGAGCUCAGCCUUUACGACAGACACGGAAUAAUCCGCCUAGAUCCUCAAUCUCUGGCUCUCGACCUUUUGGACCAAGAGGUUCGAUUGGCGGCGGUGAUGGAGUACCGAAUGUGGAUCAGACCGUCGAAAUAUUUCCUGCGAUAACCCAGUUCGCAGAUGCUAUAUCUGCGUUGCCGAAAGAACUCGUGCGACACUUUACAUUACUCAAGGAAGUCGAUGCGAAAGUCUUUGGGCCAGAAGAGGAGCUCGCAAGACUCGUCGACAUUGCGCUCAACACCCCACCACCGACAGCACCCAAUUAUUCCUCCAAUUCAAGAUCUGCAUCUACGAAUGGACAUCAUCAUUUGUCUAGCACAAACGGUUCGUUAGCAAAUGGUAAUAGUGGGCCUGCGGGCAUGCUAAUGGAGAUGCAAGGAGAACCGUUCGCUUCCGUCAAUCCAGCGUAUGCUAUUUAUCAUACCCCUAACAUGCCUAGAAGACGACAAUUCCAAGCAUGUGCUAGUUAUAUGCAAAAUAUGCUGGUAUCACUCGAUGAGAAAAACCAUGUUAUAUCGACGGCUGGCGAGGCAUUAAAUAAACAACUCUCACGUCUCGAUCAAUGUUUCCCGCACAUUGAAAACGAAGUGAGUGAAGAGGCACGAUACGGCAGUACUACACAUUGGGCAUAUCCUGAGAAUCGAACAUCUAAAACAAAUUCUGGUGGUAACUCCAGAAGGGACGCUCCUCCCGCAAAUAAUCCUAGUGCAGCGGCACAACAAAUAGCAGAAGAGCACGCUGCGAGGAGUGAUGCGAGGAAGCAAGCAUUGCUUGCAAGGAAAGGAGCCAAGAAUCAACAUGCAGACUCAGAUUUCGACGAUAGUCAGGAAGGGAGAAAGGCAGAUUCAAAUAAGAGACCUCAUGGAAAUAGCAAAGCUCGAAAAGCUGCUACUACCGAGACCCCAGCGGGCGUUGGACUUGGAAUAAUUAAUGGAAAUGGUACAAAUGGAAAUCCUCCGAAAAGGCGAAAGGUCGACAAAACUACAACUGCCGGCCCAUCAACGGAGCGUGUUCUGAAUGGAGUUUUUGGUACUAAUGGAACCACGUCAAAGGGCAAGGCGGGGAGCCCCAGGUCAACCCCAGCACCGGAUGGAACGAAGAAACCUGCAAGAGCAAGAGCUGCUCCUAACGGACAAGCAAGAAAAAGGUAAGUGGCUGCCCUGAUCUAGGCAGCAAUUAUUUUCGCUAAUUCACGAUCAAUUAGAAAUAACACCGCAAACGCUGCAAUGUCGCCAUCAUUAGCAUCCUCUCCCGUUCGAAGCACAUUUCCCGAUAUAAGACCGCCGGUGCGGGCAUCCCCAGCUCCUGUUAAUGGCGGAAGGCCGGCUUCAGCAAGGGCUAGACAGAAUUCAGUACAAUCAAUUGCGGAUACAGCACGGCGACCUCCAUCUUCAGCUUCGAACAAGCCAAACGGAAAUACACCUGGCACACCUGAUUUAGCAGCUGUUGCGAGUGUGACGGGGAAAACCAUUCCAGAGGUCAAGGCAACAAUGAAAGAGGCUGGCACAAAUGGCAAGGGAGAACAUCUCCUUGAGGAUGCUCAACCACAAAACCCAGAAGUACUAGGCGGUAUAAUAGUUGGGAACAGUAGAGAGAGUAUGAAGCGUGAAGAGACUGUGGAAUCAAACGGAGAUGCUAUGCAGGGCAUUCAAUCAACAACGAUAACGACUACAAAGAGUGGCAGAGCCAGCAAACCAUCCACGCCAGCAAUGCCUUCUUUUGUUGAGCCAGUCCGCUCAAGAUCAUCGCGCAGCAUUCCUGACCCCGUGUCAACGGCUAAAAGAAGCCACAAGAAAGGUGCAGGUGCAGCCGCUCAACUCAUGGCCCAGCAAAACAUGGAACUCGACGAUACGACGAGUAGUGCGCAAGGCGAUGAUGAAGAUGUUGAAAUAGAUGCUGAUGAGCCUACCUACUGUUAUUGCAAUGGAGUUAGUUAUGGCGAGAUGGUAGCCUGCGAUAAUGGAACUUGUGAGAAGGAAUGGUUCCAUCUCGAAUGCGUAGGCUUGCGAAUCGCGCCCAAGGGUAAUGGUAUGUUCACUCUCAUCUCGUACCCCAUAGGAACAAGUAACUAACACGGUAUAGCAAAAUGGUACUGUGAUGAUUGUAAAGAGAAAACGAAGAACAAGCGAUUCAAUAAUGGACGAUAAGGACAGCCGGCAAGACUACAGCAGGAGAAAUGGAGUUUUUUUGGUACGAAUUUGAUACCUAGGUGGAUCAAUCCUUGUAGCUUUAUGGUGCAUACAGGCCCAUUGGAGUAUGGAUAUUUGGGCAUUGAACUUUUUGGGGGUGCUGGCACAUAGAAAUGGCGUUUGUUUAUGAUGGAAGGGAUUUCGGUAGAUGCAAUGAUGGUGGAUUCUCUUUCAAAUGGAAACGUGAUGAUUGCACCAAUUUGUGAGACUUCUCAUGUCCGGGGUCUUCGGGAUGGACGCGAAUGAAUGUGCAAACGGGCAAGCGCUGCCUGACAGCAACUCAACUGUAUGUAUUUCACUACCGACUAGGUAGCCUAGCGAAAAAAUU